GCCGCACGCAGAUGUGGCCGUGGGAACGACUCACCCGUUUUCCAGCUCUGGGGCGGGGCUGGGGUCGGGGUCGGCGCCCAUGGGGGCCCCGCCUCCGUCCCCUGGCCUGCCCCCGUCGUGGGCCGCGAUGAUGGCGGCCCUGUACCCGAGCACCGACCUCUCGGGCGUCUCCUCCUCCUCCCUGCCUUCCUCCCCAUCCUCCUCGUCGCCCAACGAAGUGAUGGCGCUGAAGGAUGUGCGGGAGGUGAAGGAGGAGAACACCCUGAAUGAGAAGCUUUUCUUGCUGGCCUGCGACAAGGGUGACUAUUAUAUGGUUAAAAAGAUUUUGGAGGAGAACAGUUCAGGUGACUUGAACAUAAAUUGCGUAGAUGUGCUUGGGAGAAAUGCUGUUACCAUAACUAUUGAAAACGAAAGCUUGGAUAUACUGCAGCUGCUUUUGGACUACGGUUGUCAGUCCGCAGAUGCACUUUUGGUGGCAAUCGACUCUGAAGUAGUGGGAGCUGUUGAUAUACUACUUAAUCAUCGACCAAAACGAUCAUCAAGACCAACUAUAGUAAAACUUAUGGAACGAAUUCAGAAUCCCGAAUACUCAACAACGAUGGAUGUUGCGCCUGUCAUUUUAGCGGCUCAUCGGAACAAUUAUGAAAUUCUUACAAUGCUUUUAAAGCAGGACGUGUCUUUGCCCAAGCCCCAUGCAGUUGGCUGUGAAUGCACGCUGUGUUCUGCAAAGAACAAAAAGGACAGCCUCAGACAUUCCAGGUUUCGUCUUGAUAUCUAUAGAUGUCUGGCCAGCCCAGCUCUAAUAAUGCUAACAGAGGAGGACCCGAUCCUGAGAGCCUUUGAACUUAGUGCUGACUUAAAGGAACUCAGCCUCGUGGAGGUGGAAUUCAGGAAUGAUUAUGAAGAGCUAGCUCGUCAGUGCAAGAUGUUUGCUAAAGAUUUGCUUGCACAAGCCAGGAAUUCUCGUGAACUGGAAGUUAUCCUAAACCAUACAUCUAGCGAUGAGCCUCUUGACAAACGGGGACUACUAGAAGAAAGAAUGAAUUUAAGUCGCCUAAAACUUGCAAUCAAAUAUAACCAAAAGGAGUUUGUCUCUCAGUCAAAUUGCCAGCAGUUCCUGAACACCGUUUGGUUUGGACAGAUGUCAGGUUACCGCCGUAAGCCCACCUGUAAGAAGAUAAUGACUGUUUUGACAGUUGGCAUCUUCUGGCCAGUUUUGUCACUGUGUUAUUUGAUAGCUCCCAAAUCUCAAUUUGGCAGGAUCAUUCACACACCUUUUAUGAAAUUCAUUAUUCAUGGAGCAUCAUAUUUCACAUUCUUGCUGUUACUAAAUCUCUACUCACUUGUCUACAAUGAAGACAAGAAAAAUACAAUGGGGCCAGCCCUUGAGAGAAUAGACUACCUUCUCAUACUGUGGAUUAUUGGGAUGAUUUGGUCAGACAUUAAAAGACUCUGGUAUGAAGGGUUAGAAGACUUUUUAGAAGAAUCUCGUAACCAGCUCAGCUUUGUCAUGAAUUCCCUCUACUUGGCAACCUUUGCCCUCAAAGUGGUGGCUCACAACAAGUUUCAUGACUUUGCUGACCGGAAGGACUGGGAUGCAUUCCACCCCACACUUGUAGCAGAAGGGCUGUUUGCAUUUGCUAACGUUCUGAGUUACCUCCGACUCUUUUUUAUGUAUACAACCAGCUCGAUUUUGGGUCCACUGCAGAUUUCCAUGGGACAGAUGUUACAGGAUUUUGGGAAGUUUCUGGGGAUGUUCCUUCUUGUUCUGUUCUCCUUCACAAUUGGACUGACCCAACUCUAUGACAAGGGCUACACCCCCAAAGAGCAGAAGGACUGUGUUGGCAUCUUCUGUGAGCAACAAAGCAACGACACCUUCCACUCGUUCAUUGGCACCUGCUUUGCUCUGUUCUGGUACAUCUUCUCCUUAGCACACGUGGCCAUCUUUGUCACAAGGUUUAGCUAUGGAGAAGAGCUGCAGUCCUUUGUUGGAGCCGUGAUUGUGGGAACUUACAACGUUGUGGUUGUUAUCGUGCUUACGAAGCUGCUAGUGGCCAUGCUUCACAAAAGCUUUCAGUUGAUAGCAAAUCAUGAGGAUAAAGAGUGGAAGUUUGCUCGGGCAAAGCUAUGGCUUAGCUACUUUGAUGACAAAUGUACCCUGCCCCCACCUUUCAACAUUAUUCCUUCACCGAAGACUAUCUGCUACAUGAUCAGUAGCCUCAGUAAGUGGGUUUGCUCUCACACAUCGAAAGGCAAGGUCAAAAGGCAGAACAGUUUAAAGGAGUGGAGAAACUUGAAACAAAAGAGAGACGAGAACUACCAGAAGGUGAUGUGCUGCCUGGUGCAUCGGUACCUGACGUCUAUGCGACAGAAGAUGCAGAGCACAGACCAGGCGACCGUGGAGAAUCUCAAUGAACUGCGCCAAGAUCUAUCGAAAUUCCGAAAUGAAAUAAGGGAUUUGCUUGGCUUUAGGACUUCUAAAUAUGCUAUGUUUUAUCCAAGAAAUUAAUCAUUUUCUAAAUCUUGUAGAAAUAAUUUUCCAUAACAAAUCUGAGACUGUAUUUGCAUACCUUACAACUACACUAAGAUAUAUAUGGACAUAAACAAUUACACAAAAGCCAUUCUUUAAAUAUUUAUAACAUAAAUAUAUGUCAUGUAAAAUAUGUAUAUAGAGUUAGUUUUUUAAAACCUGUCUGUGGCUUUUUGUAGAAGUGAAACAGAACAAGUAAACGGGUUUGUUAGCAUGCAAUUUUGUUUUCUUAGUUCGUUAGUGCUUAAAAUUUGUAAUAUUUAAGAGGGGCAGCUAUCAGUGUACACAUUGCCCGCUCCCUUUUAUAAAAUGAAGAUCAGCAAAUGCAGCUACCUUAAGAGACACUUGAAAUGU